UGCCCCGCGCCCCAGCCGCCCGGCCGGCCGGCCGCUCCGGCCCGCGGCGCAGAUGGCUGUGCGCGGCGCCAACACCUUGACGCCCUUCUCCAUCCAGGCAAUCCUCAACAAGAAAGAGGAGCGCGGCGGGCUGCCCGCGCCAGAGGGGCGCCCGGUGCCCGGGGGCACCGCGGUGCCAGUGGCUGAGGCUCCCGCUGUCUGCUGCUGGCGACUCUUCGGGGAGACAGACGCGGGCGCUCUGGGGGGCGCGGAGGACUCUCUGCUGGCGUCGCCGGCGGGGACCAGAACGGCUGCAGGGCGGACCGCGGAGAGCCUGGUUGCUUGGGACUCGGACUCGGCGCUGAGCGAGGAGAACGAGGGCGGGCGGCGCUGUGCGGACGCGCCGGGGGCCAGCGCGGCCAGCCGCGCAGGGGGGACGCUGGGCCUCGGCCAGCCGGUCUGCGAGCUGCCCGCCGCCAAGGACCUGGAGGAGGAAGCCGCAGGCCGGAGCGACAGCGAGAUGUCGGCCAGCGUCUCAGGCGACCGCAGCCCGAGGGCCGAGGACGACGCUGUGGGCCCCGGAAGCGCACGCGUCCCGGCGCUGUGCGGCGGCGGCGGCGGUGGCGGCGGACCGGCGGGCGGCGCGGAGGAGGAGGAGGAGCCCGCGGCGCCCAAGCCGCGCAAGAAACGCUCGCGGGCCGCCUUCUCCCACGCGCAGGUCUUCGAGCUGGAGCGCCGCUUCAACCACCAGCGCUACCUGUCCGGGCCGGAGCGCGCCGACCUGGCCGCGUCGCUGAAGCUCACCGAGACGCAAGUGAAGAUCUGGUUCCAGAACCGUCGCUACAAGACCAAGCGCCGGCAGAUGGCCGCCGACCUGCUGGCGUCAGCGCCCGCCGCCAAGAAGGUGGCGGUGAAAGUGCUCGUACGCGACGACCAGAGACAGUACUUGCCCGGCGAGGUGCUGCGGCCACCCUCGCUGCUGCCGCUGCAGCCCUCCUACUAUUACCCUUACUACUGCCUCCCCGGCUGGGCACUCUCCACGUGUGCAGCCGCCGCGGGCACCCAGUGAGCCGGCCUGGGGCGAGGCAGCAAAUGAUCCCUGCGCCCCAGUUCCGGACGGCCGCGGACGGCUGUGCAGGUUGUGCUCUGCACAAGGGCGCCCCGCGGAGGGGGCAAGU